UAUUCUCGUCAUCAAUAUCAUUCACUGAGAUCAGUUGAUGAUGCGCAAAGGAAGAAAAUUCUUUUAUCCUUUUAAUUUUUGAAUGUUUAACUCAUUUAUUCAAUUCAUCGAGGACUUCUUGGGAAUUACAUUGAUUCUAUUGUUGUAGGUUCGAAAGAUAAAAGAAAGGCUGUUGGAAUGAGCUUUCAAAGUAGAAAUGAUCUACAGGAAUGGAGUGCAAGAGUUGUUGAGCGAGGAACAGUAAUGGACUUUGACCUAAAUUUCCCACCUCCAGAUGAGUGCAUUGAUCCAACUGGCCCUCAUCAGGAAGCAACACAGUACUACAAUCAUUACCAAGGACAAGCUAUGGACAAUCCCGAGUUUGUCGACGAGGACAUAGCUAUAAUCUCCCCUAGGAAAUUUGCUGAGGCCAGGAAGAACUUUCGACGAAACCACUUUGAGAGUAGCUGUGGUGUUGCCAUUAGACGUAAUGGUGCUUUCUCAGAUUUAUCAAGUUUGGCCCCUUUUACAAUUUGGCCGACCCUUACAAGCCGCAAUAACGUAUCUAUACAAGAACAAACGAUUCACAACUUGGACCUUUGCUUAAGCUGUGAAAGCAGUAGUAAAGCCACAAAGGCAACAAUUGACACAGGCAUCCCUUCUGCACUUGCACAAACUAGCAGCAGCCUCCCACCUGCAGCAUCCUCGGGUUUGCGGUGCGCAAUCUGCAUGGAAGCAUUGGUUGAAGAAACAACAACCAAAUGUGGGCACGUUUUCUGCAAGAGUUGCAUCGAAACAGCCAUAGCUACCCAGCACAGAUGUCCUAUAUGUCGGCGUAAGCUUCGAAAACGAGAUAUUAUCCGAAUUUACCUACCGUUUUGAACAUGAAAAUAUGAAUACAAAUAAAAGAAUAUUGCAUCUGUAUUCUUUUUCUGAUGACGACUAGGCUUGUACUACUUGCACACAGUUGCAUUAACAAGUAUAGAUUUCUUCAUUUCUUUGUUCUUCUUCUUCUUCUUCUUCUUAUUCGUCAUCUGUUGUAUUGAAUCGAAACUACAAACAAAAAUUUAAAAAUCUCUUUGGUGAGGUGUUUGUUUGUUUGUUUGUAUUUGGUUGGAUGAUUCAUUCAAAAUUGUUUAUUUAUUAGUGAAUUAAUUUGAAGUGCAA